UUUUGCUUUCUUUUCUCCCAACUACUCUUUUUCACACCUACUCGUUUUAAAGUAACAUAUUAUCCUGCUGGUCUGGACAUCAUACGACAAAUAAACAUACUCAGGCAGUAGCUUUCUCCCCUCUUUCCUCUUCACCUCCGUCCUCUCCCCUCUCCCUCCUUCCCUCACUACCUACACACUUGUAUCCUCUCCCUCUCACCUCACAUUCCUCCUUUCAUCCGCGUUAUACUAUUAUUCAAUGGCAGGCUCUGGUCGUGUUCAAGCAGACGACAAUUUUGAUAUUGAUGACUGGUACGACGCGUCACGUCGUAGCCGAGGCGUUUCUAUGAUGCCGGCGAGCAACCCGCAGCUCGUCAAUUAUCAGAACAUGCACGUAGCCAACCCCAUGCCGCCCCAGAGCCGCUCAAACCAGCAGCAACAGCAGAGACACCCACCACAGAGCAACGGGUAUAAUGUGGAUUCGUAUUAUCAUGGCAGCCACAACGGUCCGCCAGCCAGUGCCCAGCAGUCGGCGGGCUAUUAUGGUGGCUACGGCGAUAAUGACAACAAUGAUAUCAGUUACUCGAGUGGCCAUUAUGAGCCAGUCCACUAUCCUGGCGACCGUGGGCCGCCACGCAUGCAGCAGCAGCAGCAGCAGCAGCAGUAUGGCCGGGGGCCCGCACCGCAGGCUCCUACAUACCAGCAGAUUGCGUCAACUCAUGGAAACUACCAGAAUGGGGUAUAUCCACUUGGAGUGGCUCCACCGAUGAACAACGGGUCCCGUCCAUCAACUGGUCGCUCAAACAUGAGCAUGGGACACACUGCCCCUGACCCAGGAAUGGAGUCACGCCCCCAGACCGCGCGGUCAGACAAGAGCACAACACCGCUGAACCCAAAUGCAGUCGUCCUCUCCAACCUACCCAAGGGUGUCAAAGCAUCAAGCGAGACUAGAUACUCUCCCCCACCCCCGAUCAGCACUGCCAAUACCAGCUCGACGCUACACUCAAGGCAUGGCAAUGUCAGCUCGCCAUACUCGCCCGUGGCACCCAAGUAUGGAGCAUCCCCUUCAACCGAAUACCUAUCCACUGUCAAGAGCCAGCAGCCGCUUCUUAACAGCAGCCACUCACAUGGCCACAGCGAUAUGACUACGGUCGACCUGUCAAAUGUCAGGUCUGGUGGCGGCUACCAGCCCCCAGAACGUCCGAUCACCUCGUCCACGACUCGUUACAAUGCGUCACAGCUCGCAAGAGGAAAAUCCGUUAAUGACCGCUAUGAGCAGCGCAAAGCUGGCGGUGACUCGGGCGUGGGCGAGUGCUGUGAAUGCUGCUGUGGGGGGUGUAUGCGCUGCGCAUGCUGCUCCGUCUGCUGCUGCCUCGGCCCGAUCAUCACUUGGAUAUUAGUUAUUCUUGUCCUGGUUGGCAUUGCGCUGGCGCUGUACUUCAACUGGGACAAGAUCAUCGGCGCGGUCAAAAACAAGGGAGCGGCAGCCGCUGCCUCUGUUGCAUCCACUGCUGCGACUCCAUCAGCUGUGCCUGUCUCUACUGCUGCCCCGCCUGCCGCCCCGCCUGCCGCUGCUACUAAUGCUGCUGCUGCUGCUGCGGCUGCCGCCGCCUCUGCUGCAGGACUCCCACCUGAGGCUGUAGCUGCCGAAGCAGCAAUCGCCGCUGCUGCCACCCCUGCUUAAAGACAUUAUCGUAGUUUUGUGUUAGUUACACUGUUAUUUUUAGGACACUCGUAAAAUGCAACACGUCGUAUCUUUAGUAGUCCUUCCAUCCAGUGACAUCAAGGCGAGC